UAAUACAUUAUAGAUUAUUCUAAUUACACCUACUAAGCGGCCUUUCUGUAGUUUCGAACAUUAGCUAAAUCCGGCCUCAUUUACUUGAUGGUAUCAAUUUAUCUCCAUUCAUUUGAUGAACCAAGGCAAUGUAGAAUAACACAUCCUCAGAAACUCAGCAAAACACCCUCAAUGGAUUUGAACUGGUGAUCCAUAGGCAGGUUUCCAACAUGGCUGCUGACUUUGUUGGGGAUCUGUUGGAUGAAGUGGCUUUAGAAGGGUUAGAUGGGACAACACUUAAUACAUUAUGGAUACGACUUAAAGACCGCCCAAACUUUGCUUUCAAAAUAGACGAUCAGUCUAAAGAAUUUAUCUGGAAUUCUUUAGUAAUUCAAGAUCAACUUCAGUUCUAUGAACUCCCAACUGACCGCCUCCCACUUGUUACCAUCAACCAUUUUGAUUACCAAGAUCCUUCUACAGGUCAGUGGAUUGAAGCUGCCAAGAUUGUCGACUGCUAUCCUAUUGAAGUAGUCAAAGAUAACCCAUGUGUCCAAGGUUCAUGCUCCACUUAUUCAACUCGAUUAAAUAUCACAAAUCAAAUACGCUCAGAUGAUUACCAAAAGCUUUGUAGUCUAGAAGAAGCCGAAGCACUAUGGGGCGAGAGAAUGGUUAUUGUUGCUUCCCAGAAUUUACGGAGUAUGUCUCUGUUUGGACCAGACAGAGACCCAAAUAUGAGGUUGUUGGAUUUACCAUAUUGCAUCUUAGAAAGAAUUGGUCGUUCUCGUUAUAUUGGGGAACUCACCCGAGGACACAACAGUUUAGCUGUUUUUAGCGAUUCGCCAAAACUUAUGUUUCAUUAUUUUAAGUUACUAAUCCGUUUAUCACUUGUCCGUAAGCAAGUAUUUGCUAUGACCAAUGUUGUAAAUAAACAGGUCCACACUAGAUUAUUACAUCUACCUCGAUUUUACUCUGAAAAGAAAUCUCGGUACAUGGUUCUACUAGAACGCCUCACCAGCUACUUGAAGACCAAAUACAGCCACCAAGAAGAGGUUGCUAUUUGUAAGGAAGAUAUCGGGAUUGAUGAUCAGUCCUUCAAGAAGCUGUGUCGGGCUUCUACUAGAUAUGUGCGGAUAUUUAAUAUGAACUACAGAGAUAUGUAUCCAGACUCAGAAGUUAUUGAAAAUGUGAAAAACAAAAAGUAUAAGGAGAAAACAGUUCGUGUGAUUCAAAUGAUGAGAGAGUAUGGUGUCGAGGAAGAUGAAGAUGAAGAAGAAAUAGAAAGUGACGAAGAGGGAGAAGAUACUGCGACAGUGACUAAAGAUGAAAAAAACAAAUCAGAGCCUAUAAAAUUACUAUGGGAAAGGCCAUUUAUCCAACAAGCAAAUGAUUUACUUGAAUGUGCUGGUCCUGGGGGCAUGUCUCUUAAAGAUAUGAUGAAGUGUAUGAAUAUUUCAACUUUUGAAAGCCGUAGUGUCCUGAAGUAUUUGACUAGGACCAAAGCAUCUCACUCAGUUAUGUUAGAUGUUGGCAGACAGCGUAAAGCUAUGUAUAUCUCCUAUAAAUUCGCCAACACCAGUAAAUUACAUAUGGAUUUAGAAAAAGAAAGGAACAAAAUGGAACAGUUGAUAAAGUCAACUCCCAAACUUCCAUUUAAAUCUACACCCCAGCAGAAGGGAUUAACAUCUGAGGAGAAGAAUAAAGAAUCAGCCCCACACACUAAUUCAAGUGGAACCAAUCAACAAGAUGCUACUGUUGAUCCUGUAAUGAAUAUGCAGGAAGAGGAUGAUACUAAAAAACCACGCCUCACUUCAAAGGUCCUUCAGCGGACCAACUGGAUCAUUGAAGCUGUUCAAGAAGCUAAAUUAGUUGAUAAGACAUUUGCUUUAAAGAAUAUGAUUUUAAAUAAAGAAAAAGCCAUGGGCGAAUCAACUCAAAUUGACAAGAAAUCUGUCGACCGUAUCCUGCGACGUCUGCAAAAGAAUGGACAAAUCCGGUUAAUAAAAACCAUAAUUAAAACUGAUAAUAAACAAAAAGAAUUAACGUUCAUUUGUGAUCCCAGUAUCACACCUGAUCAUCAAAUUGUGAAGAGUGCUAUAGAACAAGCUAAACUGAAAUAUUUUGGGGUUUGCAAAGAGCAUUUACGUGAAUCUGAGCGUAUGAAGAUGAACAGCCGUUUGCUUAUGAAAGAUAUGCCUCCUAGUGUCCAAGAUAGUGUGCGCAAACUGCAUGACCACCGAAGCAAGAUGAAAGCAUGUGAUAUGCGUUAUGAUCCAUCAUAUAUGAGAAAGUAUGGUGUCUUACCAAAGUUUCGUAAAGCUGAAACUGUCCACAAAUUAUUGUGGUACUUGAUAUAUGCUAAUAGAAACAAGACACCCAUACCAAAUGACCAAAUUCGUAAAGAUCCUGCUUUGGAGGUGAAAGCUGACCCUGAUAGUGACAUCACUACUACCACAACUUACGAUUCACCUCAGGCUCUUAUACCUGAGACUGAUGUUGAUGGUAAUGUGGAGUGGAACAUAAAAUCAACUGAAAGUGUCCCUCCUGUGUAUGUUGAUGACAAUUCAUGGCGGCGUUAUCUUGCUCCUUUGCCUCUACAUUCUGGAUUCCAGGUCGGCUGGUGUCUUAUCAGUGACGUUUUGCUUUUGUUACCCCUACAGUUAUUUUGUCAAAUAGUCUCUCUUCCAUACAAAAUUAAUGGUCUGAAAGAAUUUCUUGCAGAUCCUGUGAAACGCUACUAUCCUAUAACUUACCUGCCUUUUAAACUUACCCAGCAACUCCUCUAUGCUCGUCGUUACAUAUUUACGUUUUAUGAAGUUUGUACAUUACUCUGUCAAAUGGGGUUACUCUCAUUUGGAGAUCAAGUCCUCAAAGAGAAAGACCAAGUGUUUAUUUACCUUCACAAAAAUGCUAAACUGGUUGAUACGAAAAGUUCUGUUGUUGGCUACUGUCAGGUUCGCCCACCUGAAGGACAAACAUUUCCAAUUGAAUCCUUUCAUUUAGAUAGCUGGGAAGUUCUUGAAAAUUAUUGGUUCUGUUUUAGAGUCACUGCAUUGAAUACUCCAUUAGGAAGAUAUCACAAAGUGGUUGAUGAAGUAAAAUGGGAAGAAGAACAUGGUGUAGCCCCAGUCUCUUAUAGUUUGUCUGAUGCUCAAUCUGCAAAGACACCGGAUACAGUUAUUGACAAUGGUGCCAUACCUGGUGAUGGAUUAGGUGCUGCCGGCUUCGACUCUUCUCUAUUUUGCCAUAUCUCUCGGAAUUGGUUUUGGUAUGCUGAGACCAGUCAAUGGAAGAAUAUUGUUAAAGAAAAAAGAGUAGAUAAAAAAUCUAGUGAUGUAAUAUCGCCCUUACAUCCAACUAUCUUUGAAGAGAAUUCUCUUAGCCAGAGACUUCCUCGACUUUUUGGACCAAAAAGGAGACUGGCGCUUGAUAAAAAUGAUGAGGCUGCUGAAACUUUUGGGAAAAAGAAUGCAUCUGAAAACCCAAAUGACAAAGAAGGAAAAUCAAAAUUUCCUUUGUCAAAAAUUCCCAAACCCAAAAAACGGAAAUUAUUUGGUUAUUUGAACAAAGGAUUAAAAAAGAAAGCUCGUAAACGUACUGAGAUUUAUGAUGAACGAGAUAAAUUAGCUUUAAAAAGUAAGACCAAGGAAAGAGUUGUUUGGUCACAGCAGGAAGACAGCUUUUUGCUUCUCUGUAAAGUUGCCAAUCUUUUCAUGGAAAAUAGAAGACCUAAUGUACUUAGUCGUAUGAUUGUUUCUUGGACCAAGAUUCGAGAUUUACUUAUGGAUAAAUAUCCAGAGUAUGCUAAAGAUAAAACAUCAAAAGCAUGUCAGCGAAGAGUAUCAUUUGUUCUGAAGAAUCCUCAAACAGUCCUUAAUGUUUCUGCAUUUCUACAAGAAGCGUUGCAUGACUCCAAACUUAUGGAAGAUUUCGGUUACAGGAGAUUUAAAUAUGUACAGGAUGAUGAAACUGACAAAAUAUUUGAGGAUCUAGUAAACCGAUUAAUUGAGAAAUUUUCUUCAGAUAAAUACACACAGAGAUGUGAUCUUCCAAAUUCUUUGAAUCAGCUUAACAAUAACUACAUUUUAACCCAAAUUGGUAAAUGGAAGAAAGUCUCUGAACCUAAAGAUAUUACUCGAGUGGAUGAUAUCUAUGCUACAGUCUUGCAUAAUAUUAUACACAGUUAUCUAUCAUUGAAUGAUAAACAAGGCAGAGCCCAUGAAAUGUUCCGUUUAUUUAACCAGUAUCCAGAGAGCUUAAUGAAUGAAGUAUUUGCACAAAUGCAGUCAGAUCGUAUGAUCACUCGAGUUAAGAGAAAAGUAAUUAAAAACAAACAGAAAGAGGCAGACCUUUCUUCCUUAAAUACUCAUCAACUGAGCCAAAAAUACAAUUAUUAUUUUAUUAGUAGGUUUCCUCCUAAUUUAUUUUCUGACAUCUUUGAGAUGGUUGAUUUGGUGGAAUCUGCUUCAACUGAAGGUUACAAUGUGUCUGAUGUACCAAAAGGGGGAUAUGCAGCUUUUAUAGUUUCAAUCGUUGGCCUUCAAUUAGCUAAGUUUGAUGUAACAAUACCUGAUAAAAUUAUUGUCCUUGAUCCUGAGGGAUUGAAAUCAAAUCCUAUUGGUCGAGGGAAAGUUCCAAAGACAAAUGAACCUGAAGAUGAUUCUGUUGCUGAAGGAGAUCUCCAAGUUUCCGAGAAUUCUCCAAAGUCUCCUGCAAAUGAAUCUUCUACAGAAUGUGAAAGUGUUUCUCAAGAAAUCCAACAGAGUGGGCAGAAGAGGCCACGGGAAGACAGUAUAAACAAAGAUUCUUUAACAGAUGAUGAUUCUGGACCUAGUGCACCAAAAAGCAAGCCAAUCCCUUCCAACACAUCAAAACCUUUGGUAAUCAGACCUCAUCAUUUGCCCAGGAAAACAAAUGCUAGAGUUUCUCGUGUGACUCUGUCCCUUGCCCGAUCUGAAAAUAUCACAGGUUUGAACCUGCGUGAAUUAAACCCACAAGAUAACUUUGUAAUCAACAGUUGUGUUGUUAAAAUAAGUCUUCUUAAUUCUUUGUUACCUAAAUUUCAUGGUAAUACUGAAAAAGAUGUUUUACUUGUGGAGUCUGCAUCGUCAUCAGGGGACAUUUUAUGGAUCACCGAAAAAGUCUUUAAGAACAUUAUAAGGAAACAAUAUCAGUUAGUACCACAGCCAGAAGAAGUGUCUACAAUUUGGGAUAAUCUUCGAAAGCAGACUAAUAUGUCAGCUCGUGAUAUUGGUCUCCUACAGCAAAUAUUGAGUGUUAUCGAAAGAGAGCAAAGCAUGGGAAUCCGAAAAUAUGAUCUCCAGUAUCAUUUCCAAAAUCGGUGGUUACAAGUCAAAAAGUGUGUGAAUGUCCUUGAAAAACAUCAACUGAUCCUAAAAGUCGGUGUCACAGUAGAACGCUAUGUUUCUGUCAAAUAUUCACGUCCAUGGAUUAUACAUGCAUUUAAAAAUACUCGUGGCCGAUCAGAUCAGAACAAUAUUGAUGAUUGCUUCUCUGAUUUACUCUCCAGCCCAGAAGAGGAAUACACCAAAUCUUUCACAUCUCUUGAUGAAUCAAAUAUUGCAGAUUCUGGUGCAUCAGCUUGUGAUGCUGCUUUAAAUGCAUUGAAACAACUUGAAGCUGAAUGCAAUUCCAAUUGCACACUUAACCUUAGCUAUCAGUCAACACCGUCAUGUAGUUCAAACAGCAGUACAUUUGGGUUGCCUAGCAACAACCGAAUACCAGCUUGUACCUCUCAACCUCCAGAACAAGAAUAUGACAAUGGUGAAGAUGAUGAUGUCAUUUUACUUGAAAAUCCAAGCACAGCAGGUAAUUUUUCAAUGAGUAAGCGAGUUAAGAAGAAACCUGCCAGACUAGCAUUGAAUGAAGAUGCUUCUUGUACAGCACCUUCAUUGAGUACAUACAAAAAAGUGCGUGUACUCUGCCGUCCAUGGAGAAAGCCUGAAGGUUUGCUCAAUAGAAAUGUAUUAAAGAUGAUGCUUGAAUCACUUAUGUUUUUCAUCAUGUCCAAGCCUGGAGUGUCUGAAGAAACAAUUUUUGCCAAGUACAAUCCUGUUUUGCAGCCAGUACCCGUUAAGGAACUAUUGGGACUUUUGGAAGAUAUUGGUUGUGUCUCAAAGACUAUAUUGAGGAAACCAAGGUGGAUCUCAGUAUUUAGCAAAACAAAUUCCAUUGAGGAAGUUGAAGAAGACCACGAAGGAGAUGUUAUUAUGUAUGAUGUAACUUUGGAAGGGACUUUACGAAUGGGACAAUUCAUGAGUCAUUUGAUGUCAUCCAAAGUGUCACAUUAAUCUGUUACAUAACUGAUGACAGAUUUCUAUUUUUACCUCAAUUCCAUAUGGUCCAAAAGAACUUCCCCACUCCCCAUUAAAAAAAAAUGGAAUUAAAAAAAUAUAAAAAAGAGAACCUCAUUUGCUGCAUUACUCCAAUUUUUGGAUUUACACAAAAGAAAAAGAAAAGAAAAAAAGUAAUCUUCACUUGUUUUUGUCCAUUAUUUCAUAAGAAAAGAAUCUUGUAGUUUUUAGGACCUGGUUUCUAUGUAUGCAUGGCCUGACAUAUGUGGAAACAAUACACCACAGUGGAAAUACACAAUUUUUCCUCAAUUUCAAAUCAUUUCAUUAACUUGUGACUCAUCUGUGUAUCAAUAUAUAAUUAUUUAGAUCAUAAAACAGUAAAUAAAAGCACUUGUUUCAUUUUUUUUAA